UUUUUUUUUUUUGGUUGGUUGGUAUUUUUUUGUUAUUUUUUCUCUUAUAUUAAACAAGGGUUUAAUUAAGAAGAAGUCCGACAGAUGGCAGGACAGUAUCUAAUAUAAGAUAGAGCACUUCUGUGAAUUUAAGGUGGUUCUUUAACAGUCCUUUCUGCAAAGCAGAAGUGAGAGCCAUGGGUCUUGGAGACAGUACUCACUGGUUUUUGUGGGCAUUUCCGAAUCUGAGCUUACUGAGGAGCCUUCUGCCUUCACCUUCACUUCUGCCUCCUCCCUUUCCCCUCUCCCCGAGAGCCGCCCCCAGCUGACCCUGCUGCUGCCUCUCCUUUCUUGGCUCGGUGGUGAGGGGUGGAUGGAACACUGAUGAAGUGAAUGAACACAGCUGCGUGGCGGAGGUGGUGGUUUUCAUUUCCCUGAUGAUUUACAAGGAAUUCUGCUGUAGGCUUGAAGAAGAAAGGGCAACUAUGUGGCUGAAUUGCUGAGGUGGCCAUCCCAGCACCAUGUGGCAACAUUUUCUCGUAAGCCUGGAAAGCUUGCAAGCCCUCUGGAGAUUUUGAGCUGGUGUGGGGUUUUGCUUGGACAUUUUGGUUUGAUAUUUUAAAGGAAACUGAAAAUAAACCAAAUGUGGCUGUUUAAUCUGAGUUUCCCAUGAAUUUUUUCACUCUUUCAUAUGUGUGAUCUGUGGUGAGAUUCUUAAAUAGUAAAAUAAAGGAAUUCCACACUAUUUUCCAUACUUUUGCAAUAAGGAGGAAAGGAAUUUUUUCCCUUGGAUACUGAUCUACAGAGCCUGAGAGACAGUCCAAGGACUGGGGUGGGAACUUACUCCCUCAUGCCCUUUCUGACACUCUCUAUGUCAUGGCCAGAAGAUAGGCUGCUGCCAUUUCUGAGAGCCCCUUGCUCAGAUUGGAUGUGCCUGCCCAGCACUCGCUCUUCAUGCUCCCUGCUGCCAGCUCCCAUGUUUCUGCUGCUUUUGAGAGCCCUCUGUGGGGAAUGCUCCCCCUUGUGACAGGCACUUGGCAUGAAAAAAACAAUUUACAGGUAUCUCUGCAGAGGCCUUCAGACACUUUCUCCACAGAAUGAUGAGCUGAGUUUGUCUUUCAGGUGAUUUGGAGCCAAAGUAAAUCUGGCGAUAGCAGUGGAAUACACCAAUAUUUAGUUGAGAUAUUUCUCAAAAUAAUAAUAACACCAACUGGAAAUAAAAUAGAAAAAAAAUCCCCAAUUGGUGUUUUGGGAGAAAAUACAGCCCUUUUCCUGUGUCCCUUCCAUGUUCUCACCUCAAGGAGGCCUUGAGUAGGAUGUUGGCUGGGACCUUGUUUUCGUUUCCAUCAGGAAUGUUUUUAGUUGGCACAGAAGCUACAUGUGCAAAGCAGAGGAGCUUGGGAAGCUGCUUUACGCUUUCUUCCUAUUGGAACCCUCCUACAAAUUGGAACAAGACACCUAUAUCUAACAGUGGAAACUCUCUGAGAGCCACCCAGGCUCUGCAACAGCUCAUACAUCUCCUGGUAUGUGAGGUUGGCCACCAUGCCCCAACAUGCAUGGUGAUGACACUUCUCCCCCAGCACGUAGCAGGGUAUGCUCUGCACAGUGCUGGGGACUGGAUCACGCAAUUUCAGUUCAUCCAUGUUUAUUCUGUCACUGAUAAUUCAAUAUCAAAUUAAAAAGAGAAAGCAAAGCCACUACUGUGUAGGUAGAACCAGCCAAUUUCAGCACGUAACGGGUUAGUGCAGCGUGGUUACACUUCUUUGCUUUGUCUAGUAGGUCCCCAGUUGAUCUCCAUUUUUCCUCCAUUUGCUCUCCCUGAGCUGUGUUUUGUAGCCUGUGGCUCUCCAGAUGGGCUGUGCAGAAUCAGCCCACAGCUGGGCUGAGUGCAGGACAGUCUUGCUCAGUGAGCACAGUAUUUUUGAAAGGUCAGCUAAUGGGAGAGCUAAGCCUCCAUUUGCUGACAGAUGAUAAACUUAAGCAAUUCAGAGAAUUUCUGUUUUUCACAUGGUCAAUAGCCUUGGAAAGAUGAAACUUUUCAAAGAUGCACCCAUAGGAAAAGAUACACUUUAUCGCAUCAUUUCUUAAUCUGAGGCUCAUUAGAAGGCAACAAGGAUAAAGACACCCAUCUGCUUAAGCCAGUUUUGAAAAUACGCUUUAGACAUCUUAAAUCAACGGCUAAAUAUUUUGAUCAAUUGGGUACCAUGUUCUGGCUCUGAGAAGUGCAAUAAAUCACUUUGGAAGUGGACAAGAGCUGAAAUAGGAACACACAGCAAGGAACAUAUCGGAGCUACCCUUGCGUAGAGCAUUUCCAUUCCUCUGCAGGGGAUCCCAGUGUUGCACAUGGGCACAAUCUCACUGCCAGGAGGGAGGUGUGGGCAGUGCAGCCCCACUGCCACCAAGGACAGCUCUCAGAAGGCAUGGCACUGCCUGCACAGCUGUUUUGGAGGAGGCAGCAUUUCCAAACAACAUGUAAGAAAAUGCCUCAGGUGAGCCAAGGGCAAUAUGUUGUCAUACAAUGUGCUUGUUUCUUUUUACUCAUCUGUCUUUGAACAGAGACACAGCAGGUUUUACUGAGUGAAACAGAAGAGUCUUUUUGUAGCAUUGAUACAUGAAUAGAGACAAAUGGACAAAACCUUGCUGCCAGUGCCAGGCUCCCAGACUGGCACCCAUUUAUGUGAAACAGCCAAACCCAGCCUUGGUUUUGCUGGGUUCUGUCACAAGGGCUCUACUGGGCCCCAGAGAAGCAGUGAAAAUCCCAGCAAAUAUCAACAGUGAACAUACAUGGCAUUUUGUCUGAGAUGGCAUUUUGCUAUAGAAAACGUUAUAAUCAUUUAUGGGUUUGAAUUCCUUACUUUUCCAUCUCUGUCUCUUAAGACAAUGGGUUUACACGGCAUAUUUCACAACACGUGCUAUAUGCAGAGAUCACUGAAUAUAAAAUCAAAUUACAUAUUCCAUCAGGAUAGUACUAGAAUGGCACCAGACAAAAGAGCAGGUUUAUUUCAAAAAAUGAAUGAUGCUUUGUGUAAUCAGAUCUGCAAAGGAGGUUUGGCAAGCAGGAUGCAUACAGAUUAACCUCUGCUGGGUCUGGAUUCAGCCUUCAGGACAUUAAAUCUGAAGUUGUGGGGGAUUGCUGAAGAUCUGCAGGAGAGCAAAAGGGCACAAACCCCUUAUUUAUUUAAAUCAAAGCCAGGACUAAGGGAGACACAGACCCCAUUGCUAAGCAAAGCACUAUUGUGUUUUGGAUGCAAAGGGGUCAGUGCUGCUGUCUGUGUGUGGCUCCUUGUCACCCACAAUUCGUGCUGCAUGUCCUGCAGGCUUGGGCAGCCCAGCCUGAUUACUCUGGGGAGAGGCAAGGAGGGCAUGGUGCUCCUCAGAAAGCUGGGUGCUGCUAGCAGAAGCGCUGCCCUUCCAGCCAGCCCUGCCUGGGCUGAAGCAGCAUGCAGGUUGCUUUGCACACAAGUGGGAAGCCACCCAGAUGCUUACAGUCACAUUUUAAUACCAUCCCACCUUCCCCAGGAUGGAAUUUUCCUCCUACCCCUCUCAAACCCAACAGGUUCUGUCAGCUUAAUUACACUAAUAAAGGAAAACAUGAAUCUCAAAUUCAAAAAGAUCAAUCUUAGUCUCACUAUUAUCCUAAAGGUACUGCACUCCAAGUGAAUUCCAGCCUCAUAAACCAGAAAAAAAAAACAGAUGGGUAAUCCUAUAGGAACUAUCUCUUGCUUCCCAAGACCAGGAACUGUCACCACCACAGACCAGUCUUCCAGCUCCUGCAGACAUUCCCAGCUCAGCACUGGCCAGGUGUUUUAUUCCUAGGAUGUAACAAGGAACAACAUAUUCCCAAUGAAUGCUGUGCUCCUCUGUGGUUUUAGCAGGAUAACGCACAACACAACACUUCCCACUUCUCCCAAGCUGGAAAGUGGGAAGAGUGUCCUCAGAGCUGACCCUGCUGGAGCAGAGGCUAGACAAGAGCCUGAUGACUCCUGGGUCCCCUCCCACCUCAGCUAUCCACCAGUCCUGUAAAAUAAGAUGUGCUCUGAAAUGCUACAGUGGCACUAAGGAACAUGAUUUGGUGAUGAGGCUCAGUAGGUCAGCUUGAUGACUGAACUAGAUCUUGAAGGUCUAGCAGAGUGUUCCAGCAGGGUGUCAUGGCAGUAGGACAGGUUGUAUGCUUCAAGGAGAUAACAUUAGGAAAGAAGCAGUGUAAAGAGUGUACCAGCACUAUAACAUACCAUAGCAUCUCUCUCUUUUCCUAUUUGGAAAGCUUGUAUUAAGGGUGUUAAUUUUUAUGUUAUGAUUCUGCUAGGCACAACACACUAGAAAUUCUGAGAAACACUGCCUUCCUCACCUCAACAAAUACAGGUAUUUUGAGCUCUGCCCUUCAAAUUUCAGAAAUUCCUGCAACAUGGUCUUGAAUGCAAGUCAAAAAUAACACUACAUCUCCAGCAGGAAGGUUUUAAGAAUCAGCUGUCACCCCACCCGACCUCAGUUUAGUCAGGAAGGGUCUGCUGAAGCAGCUGGAUGGCAACAAGCAGGGUGUGAAAAGCUGGACCCCAGCAUGGGACGGAGGAAAGAAGAUAGAUUGGAAGAUUUAGUGUGAAGCUGGAUCUGCGUGAAGUGGAGAAUUCCAAGUGUGAAUGUGUCUAUGUGUUCGUGCAUGUGCUGAGGAAAGCCGGGCUGGCAAGGGAGACAGAGGAGAGCUUUGUGCGCAGUGCUUGCUCUGACAUAGCCCAGCCUGCUCCCUAUCUCCCAGUUCCACUUCUGAGUGUGCGGGAACAUGCGGUGGCUCCUUUUCCCCACUAUCUUCAUCAUCCCCUGCACCCAGCAGGUAAGUUCAUUAAAUAGGAGAAAAAGAUUUCUCCCUUCCUCGCCCUGUCUGGAUUUAAAGUUUUUAUUUGCUUAACAAGAAAAUAAAUUUCAGAGAAGCAAAUUAUUCCUAAAGAAUGAGGAGACAUUCCCUACUCCUGAAAAAAUUUUGUGUGCAGCUUGUUUACAGCAUCUGUUCUGAUCUUGGUAUUUUUUCCUCUCUAUCCUGUACAUUAAUAUGACUCUUUGAGAAAAAGAAGUGUUAGGGAAGCUCAAAUUACCUGUGACCUUGUGUUUUUUUCUCCCUCUUUUUUCUUUUUUCACAAUGUAAGCACAAAUGGUUAUUUGAUACAGUGGAGGGAAGUAAACAUCUUGUCCAUGCUCAUGUUCCAUAUACAUCUAUGUAUACACAGGGAUUUGUUUUCAGAUAGUUCUGCAUUUUAGAAAGGCAUCUAGGCUGGGUUAUGUUAUAUCUGUUAUGAGAAAAUAUUAAAUGAUAACUAUUGCUGAAGAGAUCUGUGUCAAGGGCCAAUUUCAUUAUUUACUUCAUUUUGAAAAUACAGGUUACCUGUACUAAGUAUAUUUCUCCUCUAUGAUCAAGAUGACUUCCAAAUGGAAUAUUUCCAAGAGACUGCCUCUGCUAACUUUCGGAAUACUUAAAGCUAACUUGCUAUAACUGAACAUUAGUAAUAAUAUGUUGCCUACUUUUGCUAUUUAUUUAUGCCAUACACACCUUGUUCAAUCCUUAAAACACAUGAAAACAAACAACAGCAUAUGAAGAGCUGCUAUACAAUAGUCUCAUUUUCUGGUCUGUGCAUAGGAUCAGUAAAAGUACGCAGUGGGCUUGUAUGACGCAGAUAGCUUUGUAGAGAAGCUUUGAGAUGCAAGAAUUAGAAAAUAUAUGGCCUGUAAAUUUGAUAAGCAGAAUUUCCAUCAUCACAUAACAUUUUUGAAGAUUGUUCAGGCAGACCGAGCUAUUCUCUAAUUCCAAAGUUAAAAUGUUCAGGUACUUGCCCAGUGCUGUUUUCUUAUGGGGCUACUUUGAAGUCUUAAACCUCUCAGUUGACAUCUGUUCCUAAAAAGGGAAAGAGAAAACACUUGCUUAGAUAGAAUUCUGUAGGUGUUAAGCACAUUUUAAUUUGUAGUACAAAUUAAACUUACUGGAUGAAGCACAGAGAUCAUUUCCUGCUACACGUACCCAUUUUGAAAUGAGAUGCCUGAUUUAAACCACAUAUUGUGGGCACAGGGCCAAACUCAUAAUAAUAAUACUUUGCUUAAAAAGAAGAAAAACCCAUUGAGCAGCAAGAAAGUGAAUUUCCUAAAGCAACCAGACCUUCCUGAAUACUGUGAAAUUUAUGGGAACACCUUUUUUCCAUGUAGUGUUUCCAGAACAAGCCCUUAAUAGCCUUCAACACUCCUAUGCACGCAUUCAUCAAAUUAAUGUUAUGGUUUAGAAAACAGCUUAGGUGCUUGAACAAUAGUAAACUGAAGUUACUUGUAUCUGUAUUAUUGCUGCACUUAGAGAAAAAGGAUUAGAAGAAAUCCUUUAUCAGCAAAUGAUUAAUGAUCAGCAAAAUACUACAUUUAUGAAACUAUCUUCUGCCUGUUCAGUGGAAUGCAAGAUGAGACAUCAUUAUUCAUUUAAUGCAUAAACUGCAAUUCUGAAUUAAUAUGUAUCUUAAAAAAUCAGACAGCCAAAGGGACUUGAAAGCUACUACUUCAGAGUUUCAUUAGUAAAUGUGGAUUAAGAUAUCAUAAGUAUAAUUCCAAAUGACCAUAAAAAAUGGAAACUAAUGGUAGAAAAAAGAGCCUUUUAAAAGGUCAUUUAAUGCUCAAUGCAAUUAGGCCAGCUCAAUUAUGCUGCAAAAGCUUUCAUGUGAUCUGUCACAUGAAAUGUUGAAUUCUGCAGAGGUUGAGAGCAGACCUGAAAGCCCAACCAGCACUGCAGCCCCUCUUUUCUGCUAGGGGUGCCCUACAGCUAGAGGGAUGGAGAGAAACGGAUAGCUGGGACUGCACAUGCCCCGAAAAAUACAAAAUAUCCUCCUUUUCUUUAUCAUAGAAUUGCUUAGAUUGGAAGGGACCUUAAAGAUCAUCUGGUUUCAACACCCUGCUGUGGACAGGGUUGGAUGAUGAUACUGGUGAUACUGGGGCCUAGGUCUCAUCUUUCCCUCCUGCUUUUUGGGCAGCACGAGCUGCUAGGCCAGAGCAGCUCCCAGGUUUACACUCCACUUACAUGCCAGCACUGGCUAUGCCCCCAUUCCCUACAUGUCCUUCCUUGCUGAACAGCAGUGCCAUGGCCUGCAUUUCUGCUGAAACUCAGCAUGAAAAUACCUGCUGCUAAGAUCUAAACUGGCAUGUUUUAGAUGUAAUCCUCCACAAAAACGUACAGAAUACCUAUCUCAAAUACAUCCUUUCAUACUGUGCAGACUUAAUCUUCCCCAGUGCCUCAGAAAGAUAAAUAAAUGAGUCAAGAACUACUUAGGACAUUUUUAGAUGCAAACUCUGAGACAGAAUGUGGAAACUGUAAAUUCUGACUAGAUCUUGACUUCCUGCUGCUGAGGUAAAUCUCUUUUAGAGUUCCAUUUUUGCAGUGUAAGCCCUAGGCUUAAGGAACACUUAUUAAUCCAAGUAGAUACUUGCUUAGAAAGUUACCUGUUAAGCUCAGUGCAGUUACCAGCUUCUCUUAAUUAGUCACAGGAUGCAGUUGUUGCAGCUAGCUCAAAAGAACUUGAAAGUAAUAUAAUUCUCCUUUCAAAACACCUGAAGUGUUACUUUGAGCCAAAGUAACCCUCUGAAUGUUCCCUAUUUCCAAAGGCUUUUGCCAUCAGAAGUGUCACUGAGCAGUGGGGUGAGUCAGAAGGUAAUUAAUUUGAUAUAAGGCUUGUAGGAAGGACUAAUUAAAAAUAGAUGUACCUUUGGUUUUAAAACACUUUUUCCUUACUUUAUCUGCUAUGGGCUUUGUCCUAACGAAGGAAUGACCAACGAGUAGUGUUCCAAACCUGCAGUAGGCCAUGAUCACUGUUGGAACUGCUUCCCACUACCAAAGUCUUGUAGCAUCUCACUUUUCUGGAUCCUGCAACCUUAGGAGCUUUAUUUUAUGCUGUACCAGCUAUGCAGAGAACAUGCAGCUCUUAAUGCAUCCCACUGUAUGUAAGUUUCUCUGCAGGGCGCAAGCCCAUCGCCCACAGCCAAGGCCUGGUGAAAAACGUCCAGAGUGCAGCGAGGCCCAGCCACGCACCGAGCUGUGCCGCUGGCCCUGCCAGUGCCCACCAGUGCCCACCUGCAGCCCCGGGGUGAGCCUGAUGAAGGAUGGCUGUGGCUGCUGCAAAGCCUGUGCCAAGCAGGCUGGAGAAGUCUGCAAUGAGGUGGACAUCUGUGAUCCCCACAAGGGUCUCUACUGCGACUACUCGCAGGAUGAGCCUAGGUAUGAAACAGGCGUGUGUGCAUAUCUGGUUGCUGUAGGAUGUGAGCUCAAUGGCAUUUACUAUCUCAAUGGGCAGACUUUCCAGCCUAACCCACUUUAUAAGUGCCUGUGUAUCAGUGGUGCGAUCGGAUGUACUCCUGUAUUCACACCAAAAUUAGCAGCAAGUCCCUGCUCCAGUGGCACGGGUAGGAAGAAGACUGGACAAAGGGUAUGUGGCCCUGGACAGAACAAGCAGCUUCAAUCAAUCAACUACAGGCGGAUGUCAGCUUACAGAAACUUACCACUAGUUUUAAAGAAAAAGUGCCUGGUGCAGGCAACUCCUUGGACACCGUGUUCCAGGACCUGUGGCAUUGGUAUAUCCAGCAGAGUGACCAACGAAAACAAGAAAUGUGAAAUGAAAAAAGAGAGGAGAUUAUGCUUCAUCCAGCCUUGUCUGACCAAUAUCCUGAAGACAAUAAAGAUUCCAAAAGGAAAAACAUGCCAACCAACAUUCCAGCUUCCUAGAGCAGAGAAACUAUUUUUCUCUGGAUGUUCAACAACACAAAGCUAUAAGUUCACUUUCUGUGGGGUAUGUAUGGACAAGAGGUGCUGUGUACCCAAUAAGUCCAAAAUGAUCACUCUCCAGUUUGAGUGUCCCAAUGAAGGUUUCUUCAAGUGGAAGAUGAUGUGGAUAACAUCUUGUGUAUGCCAGAGGAUUUGCAGUGAUCCAGGAGAUAUAUUUUCUGAACUCAAAAUUUUAUGAAUUAACAUCACUGACUGUAACAU